CGAGUGCACAAUUCCACCACCACCACCCAAUUCAUCGAUCAAUCGAUGCCCUGCUUGCUUCCUUACACUAUUCAGCUCCUCGCUCACUCGAUUCUCUCCACAUACCCUUCCCUUCGCUAUUCCUAUCUGACAUUCUUCUCCCCUGUUCCAAGCACAGAGGCACAGCUCUGCGGUUCUGGGUCCCGAAUUUUGUAACGUUUUUAUGUGAGAAUCAAGGGGGGAUUAUUGAACGGCAUCAUGGAUGGUAUUGCGACCCAAGCAGGGGCUCUCCCGCGCAUGACCAGCAUGAACAAGAAGAUCCAAGGUUCUCUAGAUGAUCAUCGCAAUGAAAAUCUUCGUAUCCUCUCGAAACUCACAGCCAAAAGGAAAGCGCUUAUGCAACCACAUGAAGUAAUUGACGAGCUCAAUAAGGCCGCGGAGGAGAGUGGGUCCUUGAAGAUAAUGGAUGGACCUCUAGCUCGCGUCUUCUCUUUAUGUCAGGAAGCCAUUGUUCUGGCACCUUGGGUAGGUCUUGCACUUAGGCCACGGCCUGGAUUGUGGGAAUACAUGCGAAUUAACGUGGAGGAAAUGAUUGUGGAGGAGCUGACAACCUCCGAGUACUUGUCAUUCAAAGAGUGCCUCGCAGAUGAGAACAGGUGUAACGAUUUGUACGUAUUAGAGUUAGAUAUCGAGCCCUUCAAUGUAGGCUUUCCACGCAUGACGAGGCCGCAGUCUAUUGGGAAUGGUGUACAAUUUCUGAAUCGGCACCUAUCUUCGAGGUUGUUUCGAGACGCAGACAGCAUGGAACCACUUGUCGAGUUUAUGCGUGUUCAUAAAUAUAAAGAUCAGACUUUGUUGCUGAAUGAGAGUAUUACUAACGUCGUCAGGCUUCGACCAGCUCUUAUAAAAGCCGAAGAAUAUUUGAUCAAGCUUCCGAACGACCAACCGUUAAAGGAUUUCUACUCCAAGUUGCAAGAACUGGGGCUGGAGAGAGGCUGGGGUGACACAGCUGGACGCGUGUUGGAAAUGAUCCAUUUGCUGCUAGACCUUUUGCAAGCUCCUGAUCCCGACAUCUUAGAGAAGUUUUUGGCUCGCAUACCGAUAGUAUUCAGUGUGGCCAUUAUUUCGCCUCACGGAUACUUCGGGCAGUCUAACGUUCUAGGAAUGCCCGAUACGGGAGGACAAGUUGUAUAUAUAUUGGACCAGGUUCGAGCAAUGGAAAAAGAGAUGCUGAAGAACAUAAAGCUACAGGGACUGGACAUCGAACCCCAAAUUGUAGUGGUUACUCGUCUUAUUCCAAAUGCAAAUGGAACAACGUGCAACCAAAGGAUUGAGCAGAUAGAGGGAACAAAGCACUCUCGGAUCCUGCGAGUGCCGUUUAGGAAUGAGAACGGCAUUUUGCACAACUGGAUUUCUCGGUUCGACGUGUAUCCAUUUCUGGAAAAUUUUGUCUAUGAUGUUGCACAAGAACUCACAGUUGAGCUUCCUGGAAAGCCAGACUUCAUUAUCGGUAACUAUACUGACGGCAAUCUUGUAGCCUCUCUGCUAUGCCAUCAACUUGGUGUAACUCAGUGCAACAUAGCACACGCGCUUGAGAAAACAAAGUACCCAGAUUCAGACAUCUACUGGAAGAAGUUUGAAGAAAAAUAUCACUUUUCUUGCCAAUUCACAGCAGACCUGAUCGCAAUGAACCAAGCUGAUUUUAUCAUUACUAGUACAUAUCAAGAGAUUGCUGGCAGUGAGGACACCGUGGGGCAGUACGAAAGUCAUGUGGCAUUCUCUCUACCUGGCCUGUACCGGGUGGUGAAUGGCAUCGACGUGUUUGAUCCGAAGUUCAACAUUGUAUCACCAGGAGCUGAUACAAUUGUCUACUUCUCCUUCACGGAGAAGGAUAGAAGGUUAACCGAUUUGCAUGAUAAAAUUGAGAAGCUUUUGUACGAUCCUGAGCAAACUGCUGAGCAUAUAGGAUCAUUGAAGGACAGGAACAAACCCAUCCUUUUUUCAAUGGCACGCCUUGACAAGGUUAAGAACAUCUCUGGUCUUGUGGAAAUGUUCGCCAAGAAUCCGCGGUUAAGAGAACUUGUGAACCUUGUAGUAGUAGCAGGCAAUAUUCAGAAAGAGAAAUCAAAGGAUCGUGAAGAAAUGGCAGAGAUUGACAAGAUGCACAAUCUCAUGAAGGAGUAUGAGCUUGAUGGCGACUUUCGAUGGUUAUGCGCUCAAACUGAUAGGGUCCUCAAUGGUGAACUUUACCGCUACAUAGCGGACUCCCAUGGUGCUUUCGUCCAACCCGCUUUAUAUGAAGGCUUCGGUUUGACUGUAAUAGAGGCUAUGACAUGUGGCCUUCCUACAUUCGCAACAUGUCAUGGAGGGCCUAAGGAGAUUGUUGUAAGCGAUGUCUCGGGCUUCCAUAUUGACCCCUUUCACCCCGAGUCUGCCAGCAAGAUCAUAGUGGACUUUUUUGAGAGAUGUACUAAAGAGAAGGAUUACUGGACUAAGCUUUCAGAUGGAGGUCUCGAGCGAAUUCGCACGAAGUACACAUGGGAGAUUUAUGCCGAGCGAUUGCUAACGCUCUCAAGAGUAUAUGGGUUCUGGAAAUUUGUCUCCAAGCUAGGGAGGCGUGAGACGAGACGGUAUCUCGAAAUGUUCUAUAUCUUAAAAUUCAGAGAAUUGGUGAAGACGGUUCCAGUUGCAUCCGAUGACAAGUCCUAUCUCAAAGAACAAGAAAAGAAAGUGUAACUGACGAAGAACCUUGCCAGUUCACACCAGCCGAUGUACAAGAUGAUAAAUUGUGAGCAGCUGAGUUUGUCAAGAGUUCACUGCGUUGUGGCGAAGUGACAUUAUGACCACAUCACUGUAAUGUUUCUGAUGGGAUUAGCGGAUUCUCACUCUGCCUCCCUUUCAGCUUGUUCGGGGUUCGCUAUGCACAUUCUUUAGGUGAUCGAGUCUCAGGUGUAAUGUACAUUUUUUCUGUAAAAGCUUUUUCCAUUCGAUACAGUGUAUUUAUGGAGAUUGAUUAAUGAGACAUAGCGCAUCAUUUUAUAAUA